AUGGAUUGCUUGUGUUGUUAUAAUGUUGAAUUAUCUAUUGUGCUGCUUAAAAGGUUUCGUCCAAGAGAGAAUUUGUUUAAGUUCAAAGUUUUAAUAGAGUUACGGUGUCAAGUUGGUGUUAGUGCUUAUGUGAAAAAUGAUUUCGAAUUUAAUUGGGACUUGCCACCUAUUUAUGAUGAAUACCCUAAUGAUGAGUGUAGUGACUUAGCCGAGAGAGAGGAGGCCGAGGGAGAGGAAGAAAGGUUUGUUGAUGGCAUUCAUAUUAGUGCAAAUCUUAUCGGUGAUGAGAAAACUAAAAUGUCUAGUAAGAAAGUUGAUGUAUUAGUUGAAGAAUUCAAAACUGCUCAUGAUAAAGAUUUUGUGGAUUUUGUUAACAAGCUAGAUGAGCAAAAUCUUAUAGAGUCUGACAUUGUGGAUGUUGUCGAGUUUGCUAUAAAGCAUCAUGCCUCAGACCUUACGACUAAAGCAAUGGCUCUGAUUGCUCUCUUAAAGCUUUCUUCUCGUUUUCCAUCUUGUUCUAGGGGCAAGUGUGAACCUUGGAAUAUUUAUAUGCAUACGAUGUUCAGGAAUUCAUCGAGUUCUUGGGGUGCAUAUUUCACAGCUCUUAUUAUUUUCUUGGCUCCUUACUGCAUUGCCAAUACUGAUGAUGACUUGGACAUUUUGGCUUGCAAAUGGGUACGAUCUAUUACACUGGAUACAUGGUUGCCAGAGCAGGUUGCUUUCAUGCAAUCCACGGGAAACAGUAUCAAUGUGAUUGAUGUUGAGGCUGAUGGGUUGAUUUGUGAGUUAAAGGCAUACAACCGGUUGUUGAAGGUUAACCAUGUGGUGAAUGGGAUAAUGAAAGUUAGUCACGGAGUCAACACAGCUAAAACUAAUACAAUGGCGAAAACAAACAUGGUGAAUGUGUUUGAUGAUAGUAGCGCUUUAAUGCUAAAAGAAUUCAAAUCCCGAACUGAACUUGUAACAGAACAAAUUCAAGAUGUUCAGAAGAAGACCAACUACUGCAGUAGUCUUCCUGCUCAUGCUCAUGAUUUGCGGCUAGAGGAAGGACCGCAAGAUGUGUUUAGUAGUAAAGGUAGUACGCAUGAUCGUAUCUGUAAAAAGAUGUUGCAAGCAAGAGUGGAAGCAUGGAAGUUCCUGGAUAGAUUAUUUGCAUUAAUAAUGGGAGUGACAACAUUAUGCAGACAACACCAAGAGGAAACAAAAAUAAAGUCUAGUAGCGCGAAUCUAAAGGGAAAGCCAGACUUGAAGGAUAUGUUGCCGAAGAUAACACCCAAACCUACCAUUGUAGAGAAUGUACAGAAAACACUAAUAAAAAACAAACACACUGCAAAGAUCGCGCAUGCUGUUGAGGGAAUUUGGGUGAAAAUGCUUAGAGAGCAAGAGAUGGGAAGAGAGAAGACUUGCAGUUUCAGGAGAAGCUGGAACACAUUGGGACACCAUAGAAGAACACGUGAAGCUGGUAUAGCUGCGUUAAUUCAAACAAUCCACCAUGAAGGGACUGGAGCACUUGGCUGUCAAAGGAUGCCUUCAAAUAGAAAGUUAAUCGUUGUGGAUGAACAAUGUAUAAGAGCUGAAGCUACAGAUAGGAUAGCGUUCAAAUUUGUCUCUUUAAAUGAGGGGCUAGUUGAUGCUGCAAAUCAGGGAAGAAGAUAUGGGCAGAAAGAAGCUGAGAUUUUUGAAGAUCCAUGA